AUGGCGGCUCCCGUCGCUCUCAUACAAGGAGCCAGCAGAGGGCUGGGGCUGGAGUUCUGCAAACAAAUAUUAAACAAUAACAGGCCGGCUGUUGUCUUCGCGACGUGUCGAAACCCGGACGCUGCGGCCGAGCUGCGGGGCAUUGCCGGCCAGCACCCGGGCAGACUGACGGUUUUCAAACUGGACGUGAACCUGGAGGAGGACGUCCGCGCAGCCGCAGAGCGAGUUAAGGAGAACUUGGGUCGUCUGGAUCUCCUCAUCAACUCCUCGGCGAUGCUUCACCCCUCCGGGAGAGGAGAGACGAGCCUGAGGGAUGUUACUGCUCAGGACAUCAUUUCCACCUUGACAACCAAUGCUGUGGGUCCUCUGGUGAUGGCCAAAUAUUUUGCCCCCCUCCUUCAGAAAGGAAGCGGUGGUUUUGGACAGCAGCCUGCAGAAAAAUCCAAGCAUCACAGUGGCAUCAUUGUCAACAUCACAGCUAAAGUGGGCUCCAUCGGAGACAAUGGACUUGGUGGGUGGUACAGCUACAGGAUGUCCAAGGCAGCUCUCAACAUGGCAACCAGGAAUAUAUCUAUAGAGCUGGGCCGCAAUCGACCCAAGGUGGUGUGUGUGUCCUUACAUCCAGGAACAGUCGACACGGACCUCUCCCGGCCUUAUCACAAGAAUGUACCAAAGCAUAAGUUGUUCAGUACUGAACGCUCUGUGAUGUAUCUGAUGAGCAUCAUAAAUACUCUUAGUAUUGAAAAGACUGGGAGAGUGUACAGCUGGGAUGGGACUGAACUGCCCUGGUGACAUCAGAAUAAAA